GGCGCCGGUUAGUGUUCUUGAUUUCUAAUUAGUAAUUACCCGCCAAAUUCUGCGCGCGAGUUGUGAUCUUCUUUGACUUGUUGCAGCUCAGCGAAAGCGAGCGAUGGCGUCGCGCGGCCAGUGCUCGAGGCUGCGCGGCGACGGCGGCGGCGGCGGCGCUGCCGCCCUGCCCGCCGACGUGCUGUUCGAGGUGCUGCUGCGGCUGGCGGCCAAGGACGUGUGCCGCCUCCGCGCGGUCUGCCGCGCCUGGCGCGCCGUCGCCUGCGACGCGGCCUUCGCCGCCACGCACGCCGCGCGCCACCGGGCCACGCUCCUCGUCGGCGGCGUGCUCGACUUCGAGUCGUUCCCCUCGGUGGACGUCCUCCUCAUGGACCUGUCCGGGAACGUCGUCAAGCGCGUCCGCCAUAGCGGCACCCAUCUCGUGCUCCCCACCCGCCUCGACCUGGUCUGCGUCACCGAGUCCUACAGCUGCAACGCCGCCUUGCUCAACCCGGUCACCGGCGCCGCGCUCCCAUUGCCGCAGGGACUGUCGAGAGCGCACGCUCCUCGCCGGCAGCUGAGCGACUUCGACGGCUCGUUCAAGUACGGCAGGGCCAGCAACGGCGACUACAAGGUGCUCCGCGUCCUCACGGACCACCGCAACAAGCAGCGCCCCGAGCAGAUCUUCGAAAUCCUCACGCUCGGCGAGGGCGGCCACGCCCGCACGCCGUGGCGGGCCAUCGCGGCGCUCCCGCUGUGCGUCAGGACGGACGCCAUCGGCGGCGCGGUGGUCAACGGCGUGGUCCACUUCCUGCUCGACGGCCGUCCCAACGGCGGCGCCGGCGACGGCGACCAGCCGGAGCCGGAGAUGGACUCCAUGGCGCUCUUCGACCUCAAGACCGAGAAAUGGACCUCCUUUCUCCAAGGACCCAUCACCAGCUACCCCGAGCUCAACAGCAUCGACGACAUCCUCCCCGAGCCUCAAGAAAUGGAGGUCUACCAGAAUCUGUCCAUGGCCGAGCUGAACAAUGUCUUGGUGGUGGCUCAGCACACGGAUUACCGAGACCCCAAGAUCGAUUCUUUCGUCGACCUCUGGUAUCUGGUGGAUUCAGACAAGGAUACCUGGGACAGGAAACACAGGAUUGGAUUGGGCAAAACUGCGCAGGAUGCUGAACACUACUUCCCCUGGGUGAACCCCUCACUUGUCCUGGAUGAUGGCAGGAUUGUCAUCUACAUUCAUGUGGCCAGAUCCAACGUCCAGGGUCAGUACACAAGGCGGCUGGUGCGGCUGUAUGACCCUGAAACUGAAACCUUGAGCUCAGACUUGGUGGAUGUCAGGAACAUCCACUCACUUGGCUUCUUCACUGGAAGCUUGCUGGGUGUGUAGAAUGCUGAGAGAGUUGUAAUAAGCUUGUUGGGUGUGUGCUCUUGAUCAGUUCUACUACAAGUCAUCUGGUGUUUAGGAGUGGUGUGUGGUCUGAACUUGCUGUGCCUGAUCUGCAGAUCAUAAGUCAUCCUUCAGAGUUCAGAGAUGUAGUAGCAUUUGUGUUUCUCUUUUUGAGAUUUCUUGCUAGGAUUAUCUUCUUGCCAAGUUGUAAGAAUCUCCCAAGGGUUUCUUUACAGGAAGCUUGUUGGAUGUGUAGAUUGCCGAGGAGUUGUAAGCUUGUAGCAGGUGAUGUAUGAUGUGCCCUUGAUCAGUUAUACGAGUCAUCUGGUCUCUAA